AGGGCGGGGAGCGGGAGAAGGCUGUCCCUCCGCGGCCGCCGUCCUUCCGCCCUCCCCGCGGCCCGACAUGGCGGAGUACUCCUGUGUGAAAUCCACCAAGCUCGUCCUCAAAGGGGCCAAAGAAAAAAGCAAGAAAAAACACAAGGAGAAGAAAAGGAAGAGGGAAGAGGAUGCGGCAGAGCAGCUUGAUAUUGUCGGAAACUGGUGGGCUGUCAGUAAUUUCGGUGAAAUCACAGGAACUAUCGCUAUAGAAAUGGAUAAAGGGGCUUACAUCCAUGCCCUCGACAAUGGCUUGUUUACUCUUGGAGCACCGCAUAAAGAUGAUGAAGGCCCAAGUCCUCCUGAACAGUUUACAGCAGUGAAGUUGUCUGAUACAAGGAUCGCUCUGAAGUCUGGUUAUGGCAAAUACCUUGGUAUAAAUUCGGAUGGACUUGUUAUUGGACGUUCGGAUGCAAUAGGAUCAAGAGAGCAAUGGGAACCUGUCUUCCAGGAUAAGAAAAUGGCAUUACUGGCAGCAAACAGCCGUUUCAUUAGAUGUAAUGAAGAAGGAGAUAUAGAAGCCAAAAGCAAAACUGCAGGGGAAGAAGAAAUGAUAAAGAUACGUACUUGUGCUGAAAGAGAACCUAAGAAGAAAGAUGAUGUUCCACAAGAAGACAAAGGAAACGUUAAACAGUGUGAAAUCAAUUAUGUAAAGAAAUUCCAAAGUUUUCAAGACAAAAAGCUUAAAAUAAGCAAAGAAGACACAAAAGCCCUCAGAAAAGCCAGGAAGGAAGGCACUUUUCAUGAAAUGCUACUCGACAGGAGAGCAAAAGUGAAAGCGGACAGAUACUGCAAGUGACAACCAGCUGGUCCACUUCCUCCUGCAGCUUUGAUGAUAGGGUCACGUUGAAAAUAAGAGUAAAAUGUUUUAUAAUUAUUUUUUAUUGAAGGUGUUUUGCUGAUGUUUUUUAUUAUGUUAUUUUUAAAGGAUGGCCUGAGAGCUAUAAUUAAGCAUCAAAAUUAUGUCACCUUUCAGUCAUGAAUACUAUUAAGUUUACUCUAAAACUAUAUGCCAUUGAAAUAGUGAGAUAAUUAUUUAAUGGAAAAGACCUAGACCCACUGAAUCCUCCAAGGCUGAUGAAAGGAACCUGAAUUUAGAGACAAGGCAGAAGACAGUAAGGGCGGAAGAGAACAACUACGAAAUUCGAAAGUAAAAUAUGGUUGGCACGUUGAACCAUUAAGAAAUAUAUAAAACUAUUGAGCAAGAAGAAAUAAUUGAAAAUACAUGUCUUGGAACACAUCCCACCACAUCCUGAGUAGGACAUCUGUGGAGCCUUUCCACGCUGCAUCAGGUGAGGACCGGGCCAGAGUAUUCGGGUUCCAUAAAACAAUGUUCAUAACAGCCCCACUGUUCAAGGUGAUCAGUGGCAUACUCCAUACGCUGGAAAAAAGGUGUUGACAAGUCUCAAGAACCCUCUUACAAAUAAAAAUGCUUGGUAAGAAAAGGGGAUGGUUGUUUUGUGUUAACAGGCUGCCUAUUUUACAAGAGGGAAAAAUUGAUUUUGCAAACUUGCUGGUUUCUCUGCAGCACGGACUUUAAUUUGUUUAAUAAAACAGCAGGGACUUUUUUUAAGGUCAUAGUAAAAUAUACAUUCCUAGUAUCUCAUAGAAAAUACAUGAUUACCCCUGUCUGCUGUGAUUACCAAGAAGCUUUUUGGUAAUGGCAUCUCCACAGGAACUACCUCAGUUGGGACAAUGGCUUACUUUCUUCCCAGCUUCUGUCAUCUGCGUCGUAGGGAUUACUUGGUAAGAACGUUGGGGAUUUUUCUGGAAAUAAUUGGAAUUCUCUCUACGGAGCUUCUCUGUUUGAACUGCACACGUAGUACAAAACCAUAAGCUCCUGCAAGAUCAUGGUGUGUCUAAAAAGGGCACAGGAACAGACCAAUCAAGUCUAAUCAGUAGCAGCAAUUUAUAUUGGUCUAAUUUCAUAGGCAGUUGGUCUCAAGGAAGAAGCAUGAAGACUUUUAAGUACAUCAUAAUUGUUGAAACCCUCUAUUGACUUUUCAGCAUGAAAACAAAUUAUAGCUGGUUUGGGAAGGCUGGCUUUUAGCUCUUUCUGUUGACAUACUAAAUGAGAACUCAGUAAGACCCCCCAGGGAGCUGGUUUGUGCAACUAUUUUGGGACAGUUGUGCUUGUAACUUUCUUAUAUGGACAAAUCCUUGGAGAUCUUCCUGCCAUUGCAGCUGCUCCGUAGGAUUUUGUAUUUCAAGUUCUAACAGAAUGCUGAGAAAUUAAAUAAAAGCAAGGUCUACGCUGAGUGAAAAAAAAAUUAGCAAAAUGAAAUUAUUACAUGAGAAUUUGCCCCUCAGUUUUCAGAGGUACAAAACACCCCUCCAUAGCUGGGUUGUUUGGGGUUUUUUUGAACUUAGAUGAUUUUGUAAUGAAUUGUCUUUUCCCCUGUACCUAUCACUUACCUGAUUAUUGUAUUUCAGGAAAUACUGUUAACUAAAAUGUAAUGGUAUCAGAUGGUCACGUAAACUGAUCAAAUGUGUGACCUUUUGACCAGUAUCAAGUUCAAUAGCUUCAUUUUUAAGUUCACACAGAUUUUAUGUCUAGCUGUAGCACAAAACUUUUGAGUUUACUCUUGGAGCUUACCACAUAGCAGCAAUGACUGAAAGUUACCUUUAUUUUCUAACAGUUUCGGUUAAUUACCCAUUCUUUCAAUGCAAGUGAUUGCUGGGGAUAUGAACGUGUUUCCAGUGAGACUAUGCAUUAAAAUAUUUGCAAAAU